GAGAGGCAGGCUCACAGAUUCUGACGCCGAUGUCUAGCACCGAACACCGAACAAAAGCCGAAGAUGAACACAACCGAGAAGUUUCACCUUCCCGUUGAUGGCGUCCUCAAAAUGUUCAACACCUUCACUAGACAUCACCGGUCACAAAGCCCGACCCCCACGCCUGUCCUCCAGCAGCAGCACCCAAAGGUGUUGUCAAAGACAAGCAUGGGUCUCCUGGAGACAGUCAAAGGGCGCUGGAGGCAGCAGGACAACAGAGCAGUGGAGAGCGUCUCCAGUGACCCGCUCCCCCACAGGUGUGCAGAUGUGACCCGCAGCAUGGGCGUGAUCAAGCCCAGGAACUGUCACAGAAUAGUGGUGCUCGGUGCACCGCAGGUGGGCAAAACCAGCGUGGUCAGGCGCUUCUUGGGGGAAGACUUCCAAGAGCAGCAUGAACCCACUGCAGAGGACUUUCACAGGAAGUUGUUCCACAUUGGAGGGGAAACCUACCAAGUAGACCUCCUGGACGCCUCCAUGGAGAGAAACUUCCCGGCAAAACGGAGACUCUCCAUACUGACAGGUGACAUCUUCUUGCUGGUCUUCAGUCUGUGUGACAGAGAGUCCUUCAGUGAAGUUUGUGAGCUCCUCAGCGAGAUCAAAGCUGCAAAGACAAAGCUGCUGAAGGUCAAACAGCCGGCGAGAUUGCCAGUGGUGGUUUGCGGAAAUAAAGUUGACCUGGCCGCUCAGAGAGCUGUCAGCCGGUCAGAGGUCACCGAGGCUCUCACUCGGGAUGUCACAUUCGUCGAAACUUCGGCGAAGUGCGGCACCGGACUGGAGGUUGCGUUCAAGGAACUGGCCGUCAUGGGCGGCCUGCCCGACGAGACCAGCCCGUCAAGGCAUCAGCUGGUCUCAAUGGUCGCCUACCAGUCGCUGUGUGUGAACCAGCGGGGCCGCAGGCGGAGCCGCACGCCCUGUGCCGUCGUGGAUUCCUUGGUGCGUCGGCCGAGCUUCGGCAGCGACCUGCAACUGGUGCUUGGAUCAAGCACCAAAGCCAACAAACCCGAGAGGUGUCACAUUCAAUGAAUUGUGAUAACCUCUCCAAAGAAACCAAUUGCAGUAGUACGCUGCAAUGUUGUAUUAUGUAAGGAGUUAUACUCUGUAGCACCUGGCUGGACCAGUGCAUUCCUACUUUUGUA